AUGAUUACACUAAAUCCUGGAUCAAGUAAGCUAAAGCUUGUUGCUACAGAUUUUUUAAAUAAAAAAAGAGGAAUAGGAAGGUUUGAACAGGUUGAGCAGCUUACGUUCCUAACAAAAGUGGCUAAAACACCUUCACAGAAGCUUGAUUUUAUUUUCAAUGUGGUUUCUGCUAAGUUUGAUGAUAAUCUAGGCCUCAGUGGACAUAUGCCAAUAACUGUGUGGAAAAAAUGUGUUCAGAAUAUGCUGCUCAUCCUUGAUAUUCUAGUUCAGUUUCCAAACAUAAAGGUUGACUAUUCAGUGGAUCCAGAUGAAAAUGAAACCCAGAAACGGGAUGACUAUGAUGGAUAA